AUGUCAGAACUUUACCUGACAUUUAAAGAUUCAUUUUUUAAUUCGAACGAGACCUUUUUGAGAAUGGACAAGAUGAGUACAUUAAGUAAUAGUAAUAAUGAAUGUACUUUUACAUUAUCUGAAAGGCUCGAGUCAGAAUCAGGACCUGAGCUAACAGCCGACCUUGAACCUAAAGUAAAUGGAUCAGUUGGUUCAGUCGGAGUUAACAAUCCUCCCAAAAUUAGUUUUGCCAUAUCAAAACCACCAGAACAUGUAAAAUUAGGAGACGACGAUGCGGAAAAUCUACAAGAGCAAAAGUCUAGUACUAGUAUUGAACAGAUUGUUACAAUAAAAACUGAACCAACUGAAACUAAUACUUUGGAAGCGACUAAUACUAACAAUAAUGUUGGAAGUACAGGGGAAAAUAAAAAAAAGCGAAAGAGAAGUCGCUGGGAUCAGGCAGGCAUUACGACGGUACAAGAAACACCCGCACUCUCAAUUGAUUUAAAAUCAAUUCAAAGUGCAAAUGCUGGAGGUGCUGCAGCAACUUCAGUGAAUUCUGCACCCCCACAGCAAAGUUAUACCUUUUCAGAUAAAAGGAAAUUUGUUAAAUAUUCGGAUACGUACAAAUCUGGUAUGGUUCGUAUCGGAUCCAAGUGGGUUUACCCAGAAGAUGAAAUCACAGAUGGUGGUACUUGGGAGCAUAAAAAAAGAGCAGAAGAAAUGAAAAAGACAGCGGAACAAGCGGCUUUGUUAACUUCUCAUGCUGAAGCUAAACGUGCACACCAUAUCGCUGACUUUUUGCCCAAGGAGGAAUUGGAGAAAUUUGAACAAAAAGUUAAAGCAAUCAAAACUGGUGGAACAACUCCAACAUAUGAAGACUAUGCUAGUAACAAAUUGGAUCAGUCAAACAUUGGAUUUAAAAUGUUGAUGAAACAAGGCUGGCAGGCGGGAUCCGGUUUAGGAAAAUCUGGGGAGGGUAUUGCUGCUCCUAUAAAUAAGGCUGAUUCACGACCAGCAAAUGCUGGAUUAGGACAAACGAAGCCUGAAGGGGUAGAUGAAGAGGAUGAUGAAUUUGAAAUUUAUCGCAAGCGAAUGAUGUUAGCAUACAGAUUUAGACCAAAUCCUCUGAACAAUCCUCGUCGACCAUAUUAUUGA